CCCCCCUCACCUCACCUCACAAGUCACAACCUCCCAGUCUCUUCUCCCCCACUUCAAGUCACAGCAAACAACGCCACUCUAGAGACAAAAUGGCACAGAUGUGGCUCCUUUGGUGGCCAAAAACCACCACCAAGAUUGGUGCUGGUGGUGUUGAUACCACUGCCACCACUAAGGCCACCAACAGUAAGAUAGUCGAAGAGAUUGGUAGUACCCAAACUUGUUUUUGUGGGUGUCUAACAAAGCUUUUGAAGAAGCUAAGGAAGAGAGGGAGAGUGCUACGCACUGCCACUGCAAGUAGACAAUCUUCAUUCCAGUGCCGGUAUGAUCCAUUGAGUUAUUCUCUCAACUUCGAUACAAGUGGGUGUGGAAGCAUGUUAGAUGACGAAGAUUACUACCAGUUUUGUGCUUUCACUUCAAGGUUUGUGGCCAACCCAUCAAGAAGCAGUACAUCUUCUUCUUCUUCUUCUUCUUCAAGAAUACUAGUGGCCACUUCUCACUAGCUAGAAUAUAAAUUACUACUAGUAUUAAGUCCCAAGUUUUGUUGUCUUGUUUUAAUUUCUCUUAGUUUAGAAAGUUAAUGUAUCGAUCUUAGGUUAUGGUUGCUUGUAACGGGCAUAAUUAUUUGUACAUUUAAUGGAUGAUAAAACCCAUAGUUUUAGUCUUUUA